UACAGAAAAUUGGCACUAAAAUGGCAUCCAGAUAAAAACCCAGAAAAUAAGGAAGAGGCAGAGAAAAAGUUCAAAGAACUUUCUGAGGCCUAUGAGGUUCUGUCAGAUGGUAAGUCAUACAUUUUGAAAGGUGUUUGAAGUCAAGAGAACACAGUAUUUAUAAUACAUGAACAAUAAAUAAAUAAUGCACUGAUAUCUGCAUCCAUGACACGUAAAGUACAUCUAACCAAAAUAAGUUAUUUUAUUUUCAAGGAAGCUAUUUGUUCACAUACAAUAACAGCAUCCACCACUGUUAUGCUAUUGUUAAACUGUGUGUUAAUGUGAUGUGAGUAGUUGAGGUUGCAAAAUAUUGCAUUGGUUUCCUUCUGAAAUUCCCGUUAAUAAUCCCAUAAAGGCUGUAUACGCUGAUCUGCAGGUACUUACCCAGUGUGAUGUCCCUCUGAACCCUUGGCAAGCAUCCAGUGUAUCUCACUUGUUGUCAUCCUGUUUGUCAUUUCACUGUUUACUUUGACGUGAGUUUACGUUUUUAUAUUCUGUUGUAGCCAACAAAAGGAACAUGUAUGAUCGCUAUGGUAAAGAAGGCCUAACAACAAACAGCGUUGGAGGUGGUAAGUCGUUUCUUUAUUAGGCUCUUGGCAAAUGUCAGAAAUGUAUACAAUUAUUUUGUGGAAAGUUUCAUUGUUUGUUUAUUACAGAUGUAUAGAGUAACUAUCAUAACACUUAUUAUUAUUUCCACUGACCAUGUUCAUCCUUUGUGUUUUCAUUUAGGUGGACAUUACCACAAUGGUGAUCACUUCAACGAAGGGUUCACCUUCCGCAAUCCCGAAGACGUCUUCAGGGAGUUCUUUGGCGGUCGAGAUCCUUUUGCUGAUUUCUUUGGUGAACAUUUCUGAGUAUUGCUUUUUGAGUGUUGGUAAUACAUUGUCAACAACAUAUAUCUUAAAGCUUUUACAGAGAGAGCUGCAGACGGAAGAGAGGGACAAUCAGUAGGCGAGCACAGAGAAGGAAGGACGGAGAUGAGAGGCAGCCAGAGAAGGAAGGACGGAGAUGAGAGGCAGCCAGAGAAGGAAAGAUGGCGAUGAGAGGCAGCCAGAGAAGGAAGGACGGAGAUGAGAGGCAGCCAGAGAAGGAAAGACGGAGAUGAGAGGCAGCCAGAGAAGGAAAGACGGAGAUGAGAGGCAGCCAGAGAAGGAAGGACGGAGAUGAGAGGCAGCCAGAGAAGGAAAAACGGAGAUGAGAGGCAGCCAGAGAAGGAAAGACGGAGAUGAGAGGCAGCCAGAGAAGGAAAGACGGAGAUGAGAGGCAGCCAGAGAAGAAAAGACGGAGAUGAAACAGGCAGCCAGAGAAGGAAAGACGGAGAUGAAACAGGCAGCCAGAGAAGGAAAGACUGAGAUGAAACAGGCAGCCAGAGAAGGAAAGACGGAGAUGAAACAGGCAACCAGAGAAGGAAAGACAGAGAUGACAGAGGGAGCCAGUCGUCCUUUAUGAGGACCAUGUUGGGUUGGUUACUAUAGACUCAGUAUGCUUAUCCCAGAAACUAAUAAUAUGAAUCAUUUAGCAUCUACUAGAUUGGAGUAUUACAGUCAGUAAAUUGCAUUACAUUCACUUUGAAAUCGUAGGUGGUGUAGGUCUAUUUAUCUGAAAGCAUGCAGGCUAUUUCUUGUUGUUUAACUUUAGCUGUCACCCAGAAACUGAACAGUCUCUCUUCUCUUCACACUCUUCCUUCUCUUCUCCUGCAGGAGGGGAUCCGUUUGGGGAUGAGUUCUUCGGUGGAGGGCGGAGGCACCACAGGGGGGUGAGCAGGAGUCGAACGGGGGGACCCUUCUUCGGGGGAUUCGGUGGCUUCCCACCAUUCGGUGCAGGCUUCACAGCAUUUGACCCAGGUCAGGAAACACUGGUCCCAGAUAUAGAUGUUUAAAAAAAAAAAUAUCCCAAAGAAACAAACACGUAAUUCAUAAGUUAUUGAUCAGUUCACCUUGUAAUUUCUUAGGAAACACCUGGUCCUGUCUGUACUGUCAAAUAAAGUGUACAGCUAUCAAUCCAGAACUACUUUUCCUUAAAGCAGUUAGAGGAUGUAUUUUUUGAUGCAUUGAGAGAUGUGAUUGUUAUGGAUCUAUAAGUGAAUGUCAUCUCUCUGUUCCCUGACAGGCUUUACCUCUUUCGGACACAUGGGACACAUGGGUCAUAUGGGUCCUAUGGGCCAUAUGAGUCACAUGGGUCAUCUGGGAGGAGGAGGAGGAGGAGGCCAUGGUGGCUUCACCGCCUUUUCCUCCACCUCCUUUGGCGGCGGGGGUGGAGGUGGAGGAGGCGGGAUGGGCAACUUCCGCUCUGUAUCAACCUCCACCAAAUUCAUCAACGGCAGGAAAAUCACAACAAAAAGGUGGAUUAGUAGCUCUCUAACCACACAGUGAAGUUGAUAUUGUUUUGUUUAGUCUUUAAUUAUGUUUUCAAGGGGAAAAUGCAACUAGGUAGCCUCUGAUGAUAGUGUAUCCUUUAACAUUGGUUAUUUUUGAAGUGCAUUGAUUUAGAAAAGGAACACUAAAAUGUAUCUUAAAUCCCCCCAAUACUUUAGAAUUGUGGAGAAUGGACAGGAACGCGUAGAGGUGGAAGAAGACGGACAGUUAAGAUCACUAACCGUCAAUGGUAAGGAACAACUACUGCGACUGGAUAACAAGUAAUCUCCUGGAGCAUUACCAGCACAAACUUGAGCUCAAAAAACAAUGUUAUGUCAUUGUUUGGAUGUAUGUACUUUUGUUUGUUUUUCCCUUGUUAGCGUUUGUAGGUCAGUGUCCAUUAGGUAAAUUCCAUUUUCUAUGCAUUUUGUUAAUGUAUUUAUGAAUUAGAGCUGUCAACAAUUUGGCUCAGGAUGGUGUGUUUUACUUGCGUUUGGGACCAUGGUGUAAGUAAGUUAGGACCAGAGAACUUCUGUUUGUACUGUCUUUCUGUAUGCACUUCUUCGCUCUAUUGCAGUCUCUCUGAUAGUGUUUUGGACAAGGAACGCUUUGUGCAUUUGGAUAAAGCAUGACUUUGCUUUUUCAUCUGGAUAUUGAUAUGAGUGUUAACUGGAAAACGUAAGCCUUGCUUUAAAACCCUGUUUACGACCUGAUUGCUUAUCUAACCUUUGUUAGUAACAUUUAUUUUAUAAAUGCUGGUAGAAAGUGUUAAUAUGCUAUUUUAUUUGUUCUAAUACAAGUGUUUUUAGUUUUUUUGUUCAUUUCAGCAUGUAUGCCAAUAAAUGUUGUUCAGUCUUAAUGUUAUGAUUGCAUAACCAUGCACAAAUUAACGAUUCAUUAUAUAAAUGAUACAUGAAUAUACAAGGAAUUUUGUGUACUUUGUAAAACAAUUUAAAAUCAAUAAAUAUGAAUUUCAUCCUUUUUUGGGGAUGGGACCGACA